AUGGAGCCGUGUCGGCGGGCAGGAGUCGGCGGGUUGCUCUGCUCCUUGUCUCUGCUCUGUGUGCUGUUGGACAUCCAGUUGGACGGUGUCUUGGGGGCGACUCAUGUGGAGAUCGAGCACCACCUGGAGAUGGGCCGCAAACUCCUGGCCGCGGGUCAGCUGGCCGAAGCCCUGUCCCACUACCACUCGGCCGUGGAUGGAGACCCCAAGAACUACCUGACCUUCUACAAGCGCGCCGCUGUGUUUCUGGCCAUGGGAAAGUCCAAGUCCGCCCUGCCGGACCUGAGCCGGGCCAUCGAGCUCAAGCCCGACUUCCUGGCCGCCCGGCUGCAGAGGGGGAACAUCCUCCUGAAGCAGGGAAGCACGCAGGAGGCCAGAGAGGACUUUGAAGCCGUGCUGCAGCGGUCCCCGGACGAGCGAGAGGCCCACGAGCAGCUGAUGAGGGCCAACGAGCUGGAGGAGCUGCAGGAGGACGCCCAGGCCGCGUACCACCAGGGGGACUACGGCAGCACCGUGUCCAUCUCCCCCUGGGACCCGGAGUCGCGGGAGCUGCGCGCGGAGUGCUUCAUCCGGAUGGGGGACCCGCAGAAGGCCAUCCAGGACCUGGCGCCCACCACCCGGCUGCGCAACGACAACCGCGCCGCCUUCCUGAAGCUCAGCCUGCUGCACCACAGCCUGGGCGAGCACCGCGAGUCCCUCAGCCACGUGAGAGAGUGUCUGAAGCUGGAUCAGGACGACAAAGAGUGCCUGGGCCACUACAAGCAGGUGAAGAAGCUCAGCAAGCAGCUGGACUCGGCCGAGGAGCUGAUCCAGGAGGGCAGGCACCAAGAGGCCAUCGAGAAGUACGAGGCGGCCAUGAAGACGGAGCCUAAUGUUCUGUUCUACACCAACCUGGCGAAGGAGAGGAUCUGCUUCUGCCUGGUGAAGCUCAAGCAGGCGGAGGAGGCGGUGGACGACUACCAGGAGGCCCGGGAGUUCGACGGGGACAGCGGGGAGAUCCGGGAGGGGCUGGAGCGAGCCCAGAAGAUGCUCAAGCUCUCCCGCAAGAGGGACUACUACAAGAUCCUGGGCGUGGGC